AUGUUCCGCGCAGCCUUCCGCCCAGCCCGCAUCGCCGUCCAGCGCUCCACCGCUGUCCAGCAGCAGGUCCGCAACCUCUCGAUCCACGAGUACCAGUCGGUCCAGCUCCUCAACUCGUACGGCGUGCCUACCCCCAAGGCCAAGCCUGCGUUCACCCCCGAGGAGGCCGAGACCGUCGCCAAGUCGUUUGGCGGCGAGCAGCUCGUCAUCAAGGCCCAGGUCCUUGCUGGCGGUCGUGGUAAGGGCCACUUUGACAAUGGCUACCAGGGUGGUGUGCACAUGAUCGACACCCCUGCCGAGGCCAAGGACAUUGCCGCCAAGAUGAUCGGCCACAGCCUCAUCACCAAGCAGACUGGUGCCGCUGGCCGCAUGUGCAACGCUGUCAUGCUCGCCGAGCGCAUGCCCCCCGCCAAGGAGUACUACGCCGCUGUCCUUCUCGACCGCGCACGUGGCUGCCCCGUUCUUGUCGCCUCGAACCAGGGCGGUAUGAACAUUGAGGACGUUGCCCACGACACCCCCGAGGCCAUCAUCACCACCAACCUCGACUUUGACAACGGCAUCUCGCACGCCGACGGUGUCAAGCUUGCCGAGCAGCUCGGCUUUGCCCCCAACGCCCGCGACAACGCCGCCGACGUCUUCAACAAGCUGUACACCAUCUUCAAGGAGAAGGACUCGACCCAGAUUGAGAUCAACCCCCUUGGCGAGCUCCAGGACGGCACUGUCCUCUGCAUGGACGCCAAGUUUGGCUUUGACGACAACGCCGACUUCCGCCAGAAGGACGUCUUCAGCCUCCGUGACAAGUCGCAGGAGGACCCCCAGGAGGUCGAGGCUGCCGAGUACGGCCUCAACUUUAUCAAGCUUGACGGUGACAUUGGCUGUCUCGUCAACGGUGCCGGUCUCGCCAUGGCCACCAUGGACGUCCUCGCCCUCCACGGCGGUUCGCCCGCCAACUUCCUCGACGUUGGCGGUGGCGCCACCGCCGACGCCGUCAAGGCCGCGUUCAAGCUCAUCCUCUCGUCGCCCAACGUCAAGUCGAUCUUUGUCAACAUCUUCGGCGGCAUCAUGCGCUGCGACGUCAUCGCCGAGGGCAUCAUCAAGGCCACCACCGAGCUUGACCUCACCAUCCCCCUCGUCGUCCGUCUCCAGGGCACCAAGGAGGUCGAGGCCAAGAAGAUGAUCAAGGAGUCCGGACUCAAGAUCUACCCCUUCGACAUUCUCGACGAGGCCGCCGCCAAGGCCGUCGAGCUUGCCAAGUAG